AAAGGGAGGAAUGAAAGCGUGUUUGUCGAGUGGUUUGAGUUGAUAGCAGUCUGAGAAUAUAUUAUACUAUCAUGACUAUGGGAGUGUAAAUCUCAAAAACUGUUCAGAUUCUAAUCAUGGAUGUAAGAUAAUGUGAAAAUGGCAUAAUGAAGGGAAAUACCAAAACAUUUUCAUGAUCUACAAAAUUUCAAAAUCUAAACUUAGAAAACUUCUUAUGGAAAUACGAAAAAAGACGUUCUUAAAAUUGUGUCAAUCGUUUGAAAUCUCAAUCAUGGAAUUGGAAGCCGCUUCCGAAUCUGAUACAACCGUAGUUGUGAUUAUCGGCGGGCCGCCCGGCGUUCAGAUCACUGACGAAGAAAAACUUGACCCGCUUGCCGGGAAUUCUGUUGAGAAUAUCCUCCUGCAGGGGGAGUGCUGGCAGGUUCAUAUACGAGCCGUCGAGGAGUUUAGUGAGCCUGAGGAAGUUGAGGAGGUCGAAGAAGGCCCCUUCAGUGUCGUACGAAGAUGCAUACACAAGGACACGGGGCACCAGUUUGCCGUCAAGAUCGUGGAUGUUGCCAAGUUUACCUCAAGUCCAGGACUAAGCAAGGAGGACUUGAAGCGAGAGGCCAGUAUCUGCCACAUGCUGAAACACCCGCAUAUAGUGGAGCUUCUGGAAACAUAUAGUUCUGAUGGAAUGCUGUAUAUGGUGUUUGAGUAUAUGGAUGGAGCUGACCUGUGCUUUGAGAUUGUCAAACGUGCAACUGCUGGCUUUGUCUACAGUGAGGCAGUGGCAAGUCAUUACAUACGGCAGAUAUUGGAGGCUCUCCGCUACUGCCAUGAGAAUGAUAUCAUCCACCGGGACAUGAAGCCACACUGUGUCCUAUUGGCGUGUAAAGAGAACUCCGCGCCCGUCAAACUUGGCGGGUUCGGCGUCGCCAUUCAACUACCAGAAUCAGGGAAAAUUAGUGGAGAUAAGCCCUUGCACUACCAUCAACAGAUCUGGCAUUAUAACUGGGAAGACCGUGAGGGCCGGAUUGGGACUCCACAUUUUAUGGCCCCGGAAGUGAUUAACCGGGAGCCGUACGGCAAACCGGUCGACGUUUGGGGCUGUGGUGUCAUGUUAUUUAUAUUAUUGAGCGGCACUCUUCCAUUCUGCGGAACAAAAGACAGAUUAUUCGAUGCCAUAUCAGAAGGUCGCUAUUAUAUGAAUCCCAGGCAAUGGGACUAUAUCUCAGACGAUGCAAAGGACCUUGUCCACAGAAUGCUAGAAAAAGACCCAGACAGGAGGAUUACAGUAGAAGAAGCCUUACAGCACAAAUGGGUAAAGUUUGCUCGUCUCGAAGCUGGUAAAUGUGCCAGUGAGAAAAGCCGGGUCGCAAAGUUGCAUCUUCACGAAACCGUCGAAGAGAUGAAGAAAUUUAACGCCAGACGAAAACUGAAGGGAGCAGUGUUAGCGGCAGUAUCUAGUUCUAAAUGGAACACGUUUUAUAGCGACCCCAACCCCUCAGGAUCCGACAUGGGAGAUUACAACGAAGAUGAGAUCACAUCAUCCGGGUUUGCCAUUGCAAAAACAGCUGUGUCGCAGAUCCUGGACAGUUUGGAGGAGAUUCAGUGUCUGACUGACUGCAAAGACAAAGAUGUCGACUUCCUCCAGAGCUUAUUCGAAGAUUCACAGCUACAUGCAUUACUUGAGAACUGGAAGGAGCAUCGGCUGAGACAGAUUCAUGAUGAUAAGAAGAUGUGGGAGGAGACACACCGAAGUUAUUCAACGCUUCAGUUGUAUGACCGUAUCAAUUCCAAGUCCAUCAGUCCAACCCGGCCGCCACCAUCUGACGCUGUUAAUAGAGCAAAAGAUGUCCUUGAUAUCCUCAAGGAUUCCAGUGGUGAGACUGCUGACGAAUGCGAAGAACUCAGAGCCAUCUUGAUUCAACCACAUUUCAUGGCACUUUUGCAAGCCCAUGAUGUUGUAGCACAUGAAGUAUAUAGCGAAGAUGCGAUCCGCGUGACACCCCCGCCGGUCACGUCGUUCCUUAACGGUGAAGCUGAACCAGAUAGUCCGAAUGGUGACCUAGAUAUGGAGAACGUCACACGAGUACGACUGGUUCAGUUUCAGAAGAACACAGAGGAGCCUAUGGGCAUCACUCUGAAAGUGAAUGAUGAAGGGAAAUGUAUAGUAGCCCGUAUAAUGCAUGGAGGAAUGAUCCACAGGCAGGGUACCCUACAUGUUGGUGAUGAAAUUCGUGAGAUUAACGGUGUCAGUGUCCUCGGACAGACAGUCGAAGCUUUACAGAGGAUGCUGAAAUACACCACGGAUGAUAGCCAGGUCAGUGGUGAUGUCACCUUUAAGGUCCUUCCCGACCUUGACGCCCCGCUUCACGAUGAAAACGAUAAUUGUCACCAGGAGAGAGAGGCUCGGGGCAGCGUCACCCUCAAGAUCGUGCCUAGCUAUCGAAAUAAUCCUGUACAGUGCGAGGGAAAGGAGUAUGAAAUCACUAAGCCCAAGCCACGGCUUGCUAUACCAGAGAUUUACGUUCGAGCACUGUUCGAUUACGACCCUCACGACGAUGAACUGAUCCCCUGCAGCCAGGCGGGCGUCGCCUUCCAAACGGGCGACAUCAUCCAGGUCAUCUCGAAAGAUGACCACAACUGGUGGCAGGCACGUCGAAUCGAGGCAUCAAAUAACGAGCCCGCUGGCCUCGUGCCGUCGCCGGAGCUCCAAGAAUGGCGGACCGCAUGCCUCGCCAUUGAAAAAGCCAAGCGGGACCAAGCAGCAUCAACAGACCACCCCAACAACAUGAAAACCGCACUGUGCGAUGAUGUCAACUGUUCGUGGUUUGGGCGUAAGAAGAAGCAAUAUCGAGAUAAAUAUCUUGCUAAGCACAAUGCAGUCUUCGAUCAACUAGAUUUGGUGACGUAUGAAGAAGUUGUCAAAUUACCCGCCUUCCAUCGAAAAACAUUAGUUUUAUUAGAGUGUAACCACAGGAUGUCGGGGGCAAGGUUGAACAAAAAGUCAAAAGGUGCUCAUGGUGUAGGGAGGAGACAUAUAAAAAAUACACUUAUCACUAGUCAUCCAGAACGAUUUGCCUAUCCAAUUCCACAUACAACGCGACAUCCGAGAAAAGACGAAGAAAACGGAAAAAAUUACUUCUUCGUGACGCACGACCAGAUGAUGGCCGACAUCGCAGCCAAUGAAUACCUUGAAUACGGAACGCAUGAGGACGCCAUGUACGGGACGAAGUUGGAAACGAUAAGACAAAUACAUGAGCGAGGGCUCAUGGCGAUUUUAGAUGUGGAACCUCAGGCGUUGAAAGUGCUACGUACGGCGGAGUUUGCUCCCCUAGUUGUAUUUAUAGCCGCGCCGAGCCUGGCAACUAUGGCGGAGGCUCGUGUAUUAAAUGAUGGAAGUUUAGAGCGUCUAGCCAGAGAAAGCGACCUGUUGGAAAAGGCGUACGGCCAUUUCUUCGACUUGAAGAUCAUCAACAAUGACAUUGAAGAAACGAUUCGAGAACUGCAGAAUAAUAUCGAUGACGUAUGCACUACACCGCAAUGGGUACCUGUGAGUUGGGUGUACUGAGUUGAAAGGCUUCCGGAAUAGAUGAUUUUACCUACUGAUUACUGGUGAUUUAGACUGAUUGGCCAAUUGACUGAUUCAUAACUGACAGCUGCCAAUCAAUUAGUUGCCAUGGUUUCUACCCGUCUCAGGAUUAAGUGAUGCCUUAGUUGAUAGGAAAAAUGUAUGCGUUAGUGUACAUGCACUGUGAAAAACGAUCACGUUACGAUGGAAAUGAAUGGAGUUUGAUUCAAACGUAGAAGAUCAUGAUUUGCAAACAUCUGUGUGUACAUUAUGUACAGUCGGACAUGAUCAAAAAAGCAUGAACUUCAAUAUAAGCUGGUUUCACCAUGGCUGACUGUGCAUUGGGUAUACAUUCAUGUACAUUGAUGUACAGUAGAAUUCAAGCAAGUUGAUGGGGCUUUGGUAUAACGGGUUCAGCCUUGGUUGACUCUAAAUUAGUGUACAAUAGCAUGUACAUUUAGCACUGAAACAAUGAUCAAGUUAGAUGGACUUUGGUCUAGUUAUGAACUGGUGUUGUCAUUGGCAGCAAAAAUAUGUGAUUCCUCCUAUUGUUCUGUAAAUAGGUUUAAUAAUACUGUUGUAACGGACGGACACUGGAAUGGAGUAUGCCUGAACAUACGAAGGAACAGCGCCUCGGCACAACCAUGCAAUCGAUGUCAAGAUCUGAUAACUAGGCAGCCUCAGAAAGCCUCGAGUAACUUAUUUCAUUAUGAGAGUUUCAAGAUAAAAAGGUGGUGGCAUAACUGUAUGCAUGGACACAUUUUCUACGAGCAUGCAUGGCGAAUGAUCGACUGCCAUAUUUUGGCCUUCUGAGGAUUUAAGAACAAAAAUGACCACUCCAGUGGUUUCUGAGGAUAGAAAAACCUGCAACUCUAGCCACAUAGAUUGUGUUUUAAGAAACUGCCACUGAGUGGCUCUUGAAGGAUUUGAAACUGAAUUGUCAUCACUGAAGUGGAGAGGAUGUGAGAAUUUUUUCAUCAACGGUGCUUUUGAAUGUGCCUCUAUCACUUUUUGCUAGCACGAUAAACAACAGUCCAUCCACUACAUCCAUAUGCAAAGUUUUCUAUCCCUAUGCUUUUAAAACAAACAAAACCCACAUCUCCAAUGUAGUCCUAGCUUUUGUCAUGUUUAUGAUAAUCAAUAUUCUGCAAGGUUUUGACUAUGAAUUAGCCAAAGGAUUGUCUAUGCCUAAUUUUUCGGUUCCUAAUAUUUGCUUUGCAUGUGCGUGUGUUGGAUUGGCAGUAAAGAUUUGUCAAUAUGGUCUCAAUCAGAAGGGUUUCUUACAAAAGGGUUACAUAUAUGAUACCUUGGUAUUACGAGCAAAUUAUAUGCCUUAUAUCAGUAUUUUCAAGAUGAUUAAAAACACAAAAUAUCACAUUAUAGACAGUUUUACCCUGAACUCCAUCUUUCCUGUCAAAAGAAUAGAAAUUACUGUUAAAGGAUGAAUUGGUUUAUUGCCAGCACCAGUAUUAAAGGAUCGGUCACUUGAUUGCUUCCUAAAUUUCUUUUCAUCACUGAAGUUGGUACCAUGUAUCAUAUCCAAAAUUGGUUAUCCCUGAUUGGAGCUAGAUUGGCAGGUCACGUGGCAAAAAGUGAGGAUAGAAAUUUGCAACAAGUUUAUGAGAAAUGGCCAAGGAUAACAGAAAAGAAGAAUAAAGAUGUUAAUAUUCAUAAUAAAGACAUUAGAAAAUGCUUCCAAGUUUUAAAGAAGUAUAAAAUGCAAAUUGGGCAUGUUAGUAAUAAUUAGAUGCCCAACUACAAGCUCAAGUAAACCUUGUCGGUUUCACCUAACGUGGCGAGAAUUGUCUGUACAUUUCAUGUAUUGCUGUGCAAACAUGUAUAUAUCUACAGGUAAUUCUUGUCUGUACAUUUCAUGUAUUGCUGUGCGCACAUGUAUAUCUACAGGUAAUUCUUGUCUGUACAUUUCAUGUAUUGCCCUGCAUACAUGUAUACAGGUAAUUCUUGUCUGUACAUUUCAUGUAUUGCUGUGCAUACAUGUAUAUCUACAGGUAAUUAUUGUCUGUACAUUUCAUGUAUUGCUGUGCAUACAUGUACAUCUACAGGUAAUUCUUGUCUGUACAUUUCAUGUAUUGCUGUGCACACAUGUACAUCUACAGGUAAUUCUUGUCUGUACAUUUCAUGUAUUGCUGUGCGCACAUGUAUAUCUACAGGUAAUUCUUGUCUGUACAUUUCAUGUAUUGCUGUGCAUACAUGUAUAUCUACAGGUAAUUCUUGGCUUCGUCGGGUUGGAACGGACGUGCAAGGUUUACUGUUUAUACAUCAUAAGGACCCAGUGAUCAACUGGUCCUAAUUAGUUUAAUCAAUUAAAUAGUGGGCAUCAGACUUCUUUUAUAAAGUUGGAGUUGGUCUGGCCUCAGUUUCUGGACAUCUUAUGCAAUGCUUUUCUGGUCUGUUAUUAA